UCAGUGACAUGAGGGCGUUUCAGUUCUCGCUGUGAUCAUAACAAGAAGGCAACAUUACUCCAAAACAGAAACAUACGCCUUGAAAAGUGUGGAUACCAGAGGACAUAACUUCCGGACUAUAAUUUCAACUAACCUUUGAUUUUGUCCUGGUCUGCAAAUGAGCAACAGCAUACGUCAUUGGUGAGGUCCGGCUGCCUGAUGAGAGAGCACCGAUAAACUCAUCCUACUCAGCCCUGCGGACCUCUCCCUGGUUGCAGUCACGCUAGAGGCCGUCGAGGACCGAGAGAGAGGCUUUGUCUCCUCCUUCAUCCUUCUCCUUCACUUCACCACCCCAUUUCCUGCUUGAGUUGGUCCCCUUAGUGUUUCAAAACUGUUUCUCCAACGCUUUUUCCAGAAACUCAGACUGUUUUCCAAAGCAGAAGCAGCGCUGCAGCCCUCCCACCAGAACGAGGUGAUGGGAAGUGUGCGAGCCAAUCGCUACAGCAUAGUGUCAACCGAGGAGAACGGCACUGUGGCGGUGCCCAACGGGUACGGGAAUGGCAAGGGCAAGGUGCACACGAGGCACCAGCCCCAGAGCCGCUUCGUCAAGAAGGACGGUCACUGCAACGUGCAGUUCAUUAAUGUCUCCGAGAAGAGCCAGCGUUAUCUCGCUGACAUUUUCACGACAUGCGUGGACAUCCGCUGGCGGUGGAUGUUUGUCAUCUUCUGCCUUGCCUUCCUCCUGUCGUGGCUGUUCUUCGGCUGCAUCUUCUGGCUGGUCGCCAUCUUCCAUGGGGACUUGGAGAACGACUCCCAGAAGUGUGUCUCCAAUGUGAGCAGUUUCACGGCAGCCUUCCUCUUCUCCAUUGAGACCCAGACCACCAUCGGCUACGGCUACCGCUACGUCACUGACGAGUGUCCCGUGGCGGUCUUCAUGGUUGUCUUCCAGAGCAUUGUGGGCUGCAUUAUCGACGCCUUCAUCAUUGGCGCCGUCAUGGCCAAGAUGGCCAAGCCCAAGAAGAGGAACGAGACGCUGGUGUUCAGCCACAACGCUACAGUGGCCAUGAGGGACAACAAGCUGUGUCUGAUGUGGCGCGUGGGCAACCUGAGGAAGAGCCACCUGGUGGAGGCCCACGUGCGUGCCCACCUCCUCAAGUCGCGCACCACGGCAGAGGGGGAGUUCAUCCCUCUGGACCAGAUGGACAUUGAUGUGGGCUUCGACAGCGGAGUCGACCGUAUCUUCCUGGUGUCGCCCAUCACCAUCGUCCACGAGAUUGAUGAGGAUAGCCCAUUCUAUGACAUGAGCAAGCAAGAGCUGGAGACGUCCGAGUUCGAGAUUGUGGUGAUCCUGGAAGGGAUGGUGGAGGCCACGGCCAUGACCACCCAGUGCCGCAGCUCCUACCUGGCCAGCGAGAUCCUGUGGGGCCACCGCUUCGAGCCGGUGCUCUUCGAGGAGAAGAGCUACUACAAGGUGGACUACUCUCGUUUUCAUAAGACUUACAAGGUGCCCAACACCCCGCUGUGCAGCGCCAGAGACCUGGCAGAGAAAAAAUACAUCCUGUCCAGCUCCAACUCCUUCUGUUACGAGAACGAGGUGGCGCUGACUAACAAAGAGGAGACAGACGAGGGGAACGGGGGUAGCGUGGGCCCAGAUGUAACACAGACCGACAAUAUCUCAGACUCAGAGCAUCACCUGCCCACUGUGCCACUAGAGUCCAGGCCCCUGAGGCGAGAAUCUGAAAUAUGACUGUGCAGAGACUGCAGACCACCUCACAGAGAAGAAGAUUCUGAUUUCAAGAAUCACCUUUAGUUGUUCUAAAUGGCACAUUGAGCUGAGCUGGGCCUUGGGUAAAGGACAUUGAGCUGAGCUGAGCUGGGCCUUGGGUAAAGGACAUUGAGCUGAGCUGGGCUUUGGGUAAAGGACAUUGAGCUGAGCUGGGCCUUGGGUCAAGGACAGGUUCAUGCCGACGGUACUGCUGUGGGAAGGGGAUAGCUUGGGACUUGUAACUUUUUUUUUUAAACAAUGUAAUUGCAUAUUACAGCAAGCACAGCACUAUGAAACACUUGCAUAUAGGAAGGAAAUCGUUCUUGAAAAAAGGUUCCCACAAGAAAAUGAAAUGUAUGUAAAUUAUCUCUUUAGCGUCUAUGUAUAGAAAGGAAUGUGCAUCUGUAUAAUGUAUUGGAAUGGGUGUUAGCUACGAUGACUUGAAAAUAGCAGGCAUGUCUCUCUGUUUAUCUGUCCAGCAAAUCAUGAACAAGAUGGUUUUAAGAACAAUAGUUUUUAUUUCUAUUAUCUGCCUUUUAAUAUAUAUAUAUAUAUAUAUAUAAUAUAAAAUGCUGCUAUACACAAAUUCUCUACUUUCUCGUUUCAGAGAAACUGGGGGAAAACGUGCAAAGAUGCCCACCCAUAGAGUAACAGAGACAUUUAGAAAGUUUUGCUCUGUCAGAGUGAACACCAAAUACAUUUUUUAUUUUGCUAAUUUGCACUUUUUAAUUUAUCCUGGGCACCCAGCUCCAAAGUACUCUAAAGUUUUGGAAUGUUUAUCCAAACAAUUAAAGACGCAAUUCAGCCUUGAAACAAACCUUUUUUUCCUUUUGCUGAGAUUGGAAUUUCUCACAUUUUCCAGUGAACGCACAACUGAUUUUGCCUUUGAUUAGAGCGUCAUGUUGCAGUGAACUGGGUGAUCUUUGAAGGCUUUGGUGAAAUACAUCAAAGGAAAUGUAGCUCAAUGUAGCUUUUAACCUAUUUGAGAAAACAUACUAUGCAGCCAUUGUAAAGUAGAGGAACACAUCCUUUAAAAUGAUAAAUGUUUAUAUGAAUCAUUAACAUUAACUUCCAUACCGUACAUAUCCAAAGCAGAUAUGGUAAUCUGUAUGUACUGUUGUUAAUGAGCUGGUCUCAUUACAGACAUACAACCUAACAUACAUUUAAAGGGUCGUUCAAUGCUGGUCAAAUCAAUAGAAACAUGCCUGUUUUGUUUGAAGGAAGUUAGCAGAGUGGUAUUACUAUCGGAAUGAGGCAGAACUGAACUAACACCUACAAGACAAGGGGGAGUGAAAAUUAGCAUACGAAUGUUCUUUAAAAUGCUGCUACAUUGUUGCAUUUGGUAGGGUUUGAUAACAGAAGACACCAAAUAUUAUUAUUAUAAUGUCUCAUUCAUUUGUUAUAAGUGGUAGAAGUAGAGCAUUUCUGAAGUAAAGAAAAAACAAAGAGGAACGAUUUAUUUUCAAACACGUGUAUACAUUUGUUAUCAUUUUAGAGAUGUUGGUAUAACUUCAUUGGAACUCAUUCAACAUAAUACUUAAUCAAUAUCACUGUGAGACCGUCAUGAUAGACACAGUUUUGUGGCUCUUAUGAUGCCAGGGCUUCAGCAGAGUUUUACCAUCGUUUUCAUAUUCAAAGCCAAACAUAUAAACCAGGUUCUAGGCCCUAGACUGGAUCAGUAAUAUGUUGUUAAGCCGAGAAGGCUUUAAGCACAUGCUCAGAAAAGAACAGUGUUACAAUACUUCCUUUUUAGUAAAAAAAAUAUUUUAAGUAAAACAACAAAUCACCCGUUUUUUUUCUUUCUUAGUACUUUACAAUCGUCCGCUAUUCUGCCGUCACAAAAAGAGCACAUCUUCAGCUAUAGGCUCUUUUUAAAUAAGGAGAGAAUAAAACACACUACAUAUACACCUCUAUCAAUGUCUUUGCUGUUCAUGCAUUUAUAUUUAUAUCCAGAGUAGGUCUAUGAAUUGCCAUGCCUUGUUAUCAAAUAUUAUUUUAUUUUUCAUUAUAAGUUGUUUGUUGUUUUACGAGGGAAUCUUGGAUUGGACAACAUGGUUUAAUAAGCCAACAGUACUGUAUCCCAGGCAUGUUAAUAAGGUGUAUUGAAAGCCUGUAGAGUUUGCAUUUUGACAAAUCUAUCUCCUAUUUCUUUUAUUUUGAAUUCCUUUACUUGUACAUAGACCCCCGCCCUCCCUGUUCCAGUGAUUUUUGUAUCAGAGUCUUCCAGUUGUACUGCAAAACAAUGGAAUGUACAGAUUUUUAUAUUAUUAAUAAUAUUAUUGUUAUUAUUAUUGUAAAUGCGAUUAUUAUAUUGUUCUUUUUUCAAUAAAACCUCAAUGUAUGAUCAA